AUGCAAGAGUCAUAUCGGAAGGAUGUGGAAAGGGUAUUUGGUGCACUACAAGCACGUUUUGCUAUUGUGUGGGGGCUGGCAAGAUUUUGGAGCCAUGAAGAUCUUAACGAUAUCAUGAAGGCGUGCAUAAUUUUGCACAACAUGAUUAUUGAAGAUGAACGUGAUAACUCUUUAGAUGACGAGUAUGAUGCACCCGAAAUGGUGCAUCCAUUUGAAGUGUCACAGGAGCCGUCACCCUUGUUUUCUGAGUUCCUCGCUCGUCAUCAUAUGAUUCUAUCUUCUGUAAUCCAUCACACACUCCACAAUGAUCUUAUUGAACAUUUGUGGUCACGACAAGGAGAAACUUGA